CAGUGAGAAAGAGAGAGAAAGAGAGAGAGAGAAAGAGAGAAAGAGAGAGAGAGAGAAACUGGUGUUGGCAUCGACGACUAUUCGACGGGCCGCCGCAAUGUGGCCUGGAGUAUUACUUCUACUACUGUUACUAGCAGUCCUGCUGCAUCCAUCAAGAUGCUCGCAGGUAAAGGUGAACUAUCGGGAGAAGGAAAAGCAGGUGUUGGACAACAUCUUAGGGCCAGGACGAUACGACGCGCGUAUCCGGCCGAGCGGGGAAAAUGGAACAGAUGGGCCGGCCAUUGUCCGGGUAAACCUGUUUGUGCGAAGCAUCGCGACAAUUAGUGACAUCAAGAUGGAAUACUCCGUACAAUUAACAUUUCGGGAACAAUGGUUAGACGAGAGACUUAAAUUUAAUGACUUCGGAGGUCGACUGAGAUAUUUAACAUUAACAGAAGCCAAUCGCGUAUGGAUGCCGGAUUUAUUCUUUUCAAAUGAGAAGGAGGGUCAUUUUCAUAAUAUUAUUAUGCCCAACGUUUAUAUACGAAUCUUUCCAAAUGGUUCGGUUCUUUACAGUAUACGAAUAUCAUUGACACUCUCGUGCCCCAUGAAUUUGAAAUUGUAUCCUCUGGACAAACAAGUUUGCUCGCUACGCAUGGCCAGUUACGGAUGGACGACUACCGACUUGGUCUUCCUUUGGAAAGAAGGUGAUCCCGUCCAGGUUGUUAAGAACUUACACCUGCCUAGGUUCACCCUUGAAAAAUUUCUCACCGAUUAUUGCAACAGUAGAACCAAUACCGGAGAGUAUAGUUGCCUGAAAGUAGACCUGCUCUUCAAAAGAGAAUUCAGCUACUAUCUCAUCCAAAUUUACAUCCCCUGCUGCAUGCUCGUCAUUGUCUCCUGGGUCUCUUUUUGGCUGGAUCAAAGUGCCGUACCUGCUCGAGUAUCGUUAGGCGUGACAACACUAUUGACGAUGGCCACACAGACAUCGGGAAUAAAUGCCUCACUGCCACCAGUCUCUUACACAAAGGCCAUCGACGUUUGGACGGGGGUAUGCCUGACCUUUGUAUUUGGUGCGCUUCUCGAAUUCGCCCUGGUGAAUUAUGCGUCGCGCAGUGAUAUGCACAGUGAUAACAUAAAUAAAAAAUUCUCACCGAGUGAGAUGGAACACUCCUCCUCGGUUGAUCCAACAUCGGAGGUCCUCGACGCGGACGGUUCGGCGAAUUUCGCUAUGAAGCCUCUGGUCCAACACCCGGAGGAUACCAUGUCGAUGGAUAAGAUGCAGCAGUGCGAAAUACAUAUGCAACCGCGAAAAAAAAACUGCUGCAGGUCGUGGCUGUCCAAGUUCCCGACGAGGUCCAAGCGCAUCGACGUCAUCUCACGAAUUUUCUUCCCCAUCGUAUUCGCUAUCUUCAACCUGGCGUACUGGUCCACGUACCUGUUCCGGCGAAGCGGAGGGCGAGUAAAUCUCGACGAGGAAGCGCUCGGAUCAAGGGAUGUGGUUCGCGGCCAUCCCCACCAUUAUUCCCACGAAAGAACACAUCGUUCGCGUCCUAAACAUCGACACUAUCACCAUCACCAACACAAUCAUCAACAUCAACAUCAGCAUCAACAACAGCAGCAGAAGCAGCAGCAGCAGCAGCAGCAAAAGCAGCAGCAUAAGCAGCAGCAGAAGCAGCAGCAACCGUCGCAGCAGCAGCAACAGCAACAAAAACAACAACAACACCAACAACAACAACAACAACAACAACAACAACAACAACAACAACGUCGACAUCAUUAUCGUCACCAUCAUCACCACCAUCACCACCACCAUCAUAGAGAACAACAGCAAACGUUACACGCACCACCACCACUUCUACCAUCCCAACAAACAUCUACAGGGUCGUCGUACUCACCCGUACAGACGCUCGAGGACGAUCGUUACUCGCCAAGAACCUCCAGGCAUUCCUGCAGAAGCUCAACGAGAUCUUCGCAGUCGCCAUCUUUGUCACCGUCGUCGAGAACGGCGACCCCGUCGCCACCGUCGGCACCCGUUAGGCCGGCACCACCUCAACGUUUUCAUCAUUUCCCGCAAUUUUCUUCGUCGCGUACGAUGAGGUGCUGUUGGGGUCUAUUAACGUGCAGGUGGUUGUCCUGCAAGGCCAAGGGUAGCGCUAGAAUCGACUUCAUAUCGCGCGCAGCCUUUCCCCUCAUGUUCAUCCUCUUCAACCUAACCUACUGGUCCGCUUACCUCUAUCGAGGCGAGGAUACCGUGGGUUCGAAUUAGUAGAGAUGCGUUCUGAUUGCGAGAAUGAAAAGAAAAGAAGAAAAAAAAAAAAAAAAGGAAAGAGAAAAAGAAAGAAAGAAAGAAAUAGCGAAAGAAUGAAAGAUGAUGAUAGAUAGAUAGAUAGAUAGAUAGAUAGACAAAUAGAUAUCGAAUGAACGAGAUUAGCUUAAUGGAUGGAUGGAUAAUGGAAUAAAAAGUCGAACAGAGUUAGAAGACACGAAACUAUUCUAUCUUGAUCGAAAAAUGGGAAUG